AUGCUACCAAUAACAUUCACGCUUGAAAUACCUUAUUUAAGCGAUGAUCGGUUAAGAGCUAAUCAGAAUUCUUCAUUUAUUCACAUAAUUCAACUAAUAUUCAAUGUACAAAUUAUUUUCCGUAAUAAUUUUCCACUUAACAACUACAAGACUCUAAUUACUGUUAAAGGAUUAGCAAUCAAUUCAAUCAAUACUAAAAAUGCUCUAAAUGUUAUAAUGGAUAGAUAUUUAUCCGAGGAUAAGGAUGGUUUAGAGGUUCACAUGGACAUGGCUAUGGAUUCUUAUAAUUCAUCUGUAUUAUUCAAGGAAAUUUCACCAGAAGGUUUAAUGCAAUUGGUUAAGAAGACUACUGAUGCCAAAAUAUGUUAUAUUACUUCUUCUUCUUCUUUUCCUUCGUCUUCCUUACCCCACAAUUCCAAUUCAAUACUACGGCCUCCAUCCCCAUCAAUAUCAUUAAAUCAACAAAAAUAUUAUCAAGCAUUAUAA